GCUUAGUGCUUGCAGUCUUCGCUAUUCUCUCCCGGGAUUGGAAGCCUGACACCUAGAGUGCGGCUUGCUCGAGACUAAGGGACGCGGGCCCCGCGGCAGACGAACAGAAUCCACAUCGGACUGGACCCGACCCACUGACCAUGGCGGCCCUGGGUCCCGGCGCUCCGAAUGUCACCGAGUAUGUUGUUCGAGUUCCCAAGAACACAACCAAAAAAUAUAACAUAAUGGCUUUCAAUGCAGCCGAUAAAGUCAAUUUUGCUACAUGGAAUCAGGCCCGGCUAGAGAGGGACUUGAGUAACAAGAAGAUUUACCAGGAGGAGGAGAUGCCCGAGUCGGGUGCAGGCAGUGAGUUCAACCGCAAGCUUCGGGAAGAGGCUCGUCGGAAAAAGUACGGCAUCAUCCUCAAGGAGUUCCGGCCUGAGGACCAGCCCUGGCUCCUACGUGUCAAUGGAAAAUCAGGCAGAAAGUUCAAGGGCAUAAAGAAGGGAGGAGUGACGGAGAACACGUCCUACUACAUCUUCACCCAGUGUCCUGACGGAGCCUUCGAGGCCUUUCCUGUGCACAACUGGUACAAUUUCACACCACUGGCUCGACACCGCACGCUCACUGCUGAGGAGGCUGAGGAGGAGUGGGAGAGGAGGAAUAAGGUCCUGAACCACUUCAGCAUCAUGCAGCAGCGGCGGCUGAAGGACCAGGACCAGGACGAGGAUGAGGAGGGGAAGGAGAAGCGGGGCCGCAGGAAGGCCAGCGAGCUGCGCAUCCACGACCUGGAGGAUGACCUGGAGAUGUCCUCUGAUGACAGCGACGCCAGCGGCGAGGAGGGCAGCAGAGCCCCCAAGGCCAAGAAGAAGAAGCCACUGACCAAGGCGGGCAGGAAGAAGAAGAAGAAGAAGGGCUCGGAUGAUGAGGCCUUUGAGGACAGUGACGACGGUGACUUUGAGGGCCAGGAGGUAGACUACAUGUCCGAUGGCUCCAGCAGCUCCCAGGACGAGGCAGAGGGCAAACCGAAGGUGCCGCAGCAGGAGGACGGGCCCAAAGGUGUCGAUGAGCACAGUGAGAGCAGCGAGGAGAGCGAGGAGGAGAAGCCUCCUGAGGAGGACAAGGAGGAGGAGGAGGAGAAGAAGGCCCCCACCCCGCAGGAGAAGAGGCGCAGGAAAGACAGCAGUGAUGAGUCAGACAGCUCGGAGGAGAGUGACAUUGACAGUGAGGCCUCCUCAGCCCUGUUCAUGGCGAAAAAGAAGACACCCCCCAAGAGGGAGCGGAAGCCGUCGGGAGGCAGUUCGCGGGGCAGCAGCCGCCCUGGCACACCCAGUGCAGAGGGGACCAGCACCUCCUCCACCCUGCGGGCAGCUGCCAACAAACUGGAGCAAGGGAAGAGAGUCAGCGAGGCACCAGCCGCCAAGCGGUUACGGCUGGACGCUGCGCCCCAGAGCCUGUCUGGAAAGUUGACCCCACAGCCGCCUUCCGGAAAGUCCACGCCCUGCAGUGGUGAUGUGCAGGUGACUGAGGACGCCGUGCGCCGCUACCUGACGCGGAAGCCCAUGACCACCAAAGACCUACUGAAAAAGUUUCAGACCAAGAAGACGGGGCUGAGCAGUGAGCAGACGGUGAACUUGCUGGCCCAGAUCCUGAAGCGGCUCAACCCCGAGCGCAAGAUGGUCAAUGACAAGAUGCACUUCUCCCUCAAGGACUGAGAUCUCCCCCUGCCCAAUAAAACUGUCCCCUC